GAGCGGCCCCGCCGUGGGGCAGGACGGGGAGCGCGCGGGCCAGCCGCGGAGGGAAGGAGGGAACGAGGGAGGAGCCGCGGCCGGGAGGGAGGAGCCGCGGGAGCCGCGCCGCCGCCGAGCUGCGAUGUGGCCGGUCGGCCAGCGGGUAAACAGAGGGAGCAGCCGCGGCCGUGGCCGCCCCGGCCCGGGGCAGUGAGUGCGCCCGCCGCCAGCCGUCCGCCGCUGCCAUGGCCGAAGUGCGCAAAUUCACCAAGCGGCUCAGCAAGCCCGGCACGGCGGCCGAGCUCCGGCAGAGCGUGUCGGAGGCCGUGCGGGGCUCCGUGGUGCUGGAAAAGACAAAAAUUGUUGAGCCCUUGGACUAUGAGAAUGUUAUCACCCAAAGGAAAACCCAGAUUUACAGCGACCCCCUCAGAGACCUGCUUAUGUUUCCAAUGGAGGAUAUCUCUAUCUCGGUGAUAAGUCGUCAGCGCAGAACAGUGCAGUCCACUGUACCAGAAGAUGCUGAGAAAAGGGCCCAAAGUUUGUUUGUCAAAGAGUGUAUUAAAACCUAUAGCACAGAUUGGCACGUGGUAAACUACAAGUAUGAAGACUUCUCUGGAGACUUUCGAAUGUUGCCAUGCAAAUCUCUGCGACCAGAAAAGAUUCCCAGUCACGUAUUUGAGAUUGACGAGGACUGUGAGAAAGAUGAGGAUUCCUCUUCGCUCUGUUCUCAGAAGGGUGGCGUCAUAAAACAAGGCUGGUUGCAUAAAGCCAAUGUAAAUAGCACCAUCACGGUUACCAUGAAGGUAUUCAAGAGACGGUAUUUUUACUUGACUCAGCUUCCUGACGGUUCAUACAUUCUCAACUCCUACAAAGACGAGAAAAAUUCCAAAGAGUCUAAAGGUUGUAUCUACUUGGAUGCCUGCAUUGACGUUGUUCAGUGCCCCAAAAUGCGCCGUCAUGCAUUUGAACUGAAGAUGCUGGAUAAGUAUAGCCAUUAUCUAGCCGCUGAAACCGAGCAGGAAAUGGAGGAAUGGUUGCUAACUUUGAAGAAGAUUAUUCAGAUCAAUACUGACAGUUUAGUGCAAGAGAAAAAGGAGCCGGUAGAAACAACCCAAGAAGAUGAAACUAGCAGCCAAGGAAAAGCCGAGAACAUCAUGGCCAGUCUGGAAAGGAGCAUGCAUCCAGAGCUGAUGAAGUAUGGCAGAGAAACUGAACAGCUGAACAAACUCAGUAGAGGAGAUGGAAGACAGAAUCUCUUUUCUUUUGAUUCGGAGGUCCAGAGGUUGGACUUUUCAGGAAUUGAACCUGAUAUAAAGCCAUUUGAGGAAAAGUGCAAUAAACGUUUCCUGGUGAAUUGCCAUGAUUUAACUUUCAAUAUCUUGGGUCAAGUUGGAGACAACGUAAAAGGACCACCCACGAAUGUUGAACCCUUCUUUAUCAAUCUCGCCUUAUUUGAUGUAAGGAACAAUUGCAAGAUUUCAGCCGACUUCCACGUAGACCUGAAUCCCCCAUCUGUCCGCGAGAUGCUGUGGGGCCCCUCCGCCCAGCUGGCCGGUGAUGGAAGCCUGAAAGGCUCCUCCCCAGAGUCUUUUAUUCACGGAAUUGCUGAGUCUCAGUUACGCUACAUAAAGCAGGGAAUUUUCGCAGUGACGAAUCCACAUCCAGAAAUUUUUCUGGUUGCAAGAAUUGAAAAGGUGCUCCAGGGAAACAUCGCACACUGUGCGGAACCCUACAUCAAAAAUUCGGACCCAGCAAAGACGGCCCAGAAGGUGCACAGGACAGCAAAGCAAGUGUGUAGCCGCCUUGGACAAUACAGAAUGCCCUUUGCUUGGGCUGCCAGACCCAUUUUCAAAGAUACUCAAGGUUCUCUGGAUCUGGAUGGGAGAUUUUCUCCUUUGUAUAAACAAGACAGUAGCAAGCUUUCAAAUGAAGACAUUCUCAAGUUGCUCUCAGAGUACAAGAAGCCAGAGAAGACCAAAUUGCAGAUUAUUCCUGGGCAGCUCAACAUCACAGUAGAAUGUGUUCCUGUGGAAUUAUCAAAUUGUAUUACUUCUUCGUAUGUGCCCCUGAAGCCUUUCGAAAAGAAUUGUCAAAAUAUUACUGUGGAGGUCGAAGAGUUUGUUCCAGAAAUGACAAAAUACUGUUAUCCAUUUACUGUUUACAAAAACCAUCUGUAUGUAUAUCCCUUGCAAUUAAAAUACGAUAGCCAGAAAACAUUUGCCAAGGCAAGGAACAUUGCGGUGUGUGUGGAAUUCCGGGAUUCAGAUGAAAGUGACGCUAGCGCUCUAAAGUGUAUUUACGGAAAACCCGCAGGGUCUGUUUUUACCACAAAUGCUUAUGCUGUUGUGUCGCAUCACAACCAGAAUCCAGAGUUCUAUGAUGAGAUUAAAAUUGAGCUUCCCAUUCACCUGCAUCAAAAACAUCAUUUGCUUUUUACUUUUUACCACGUGAGUUGUGAAAUUAACACAAAGGGAACAACCAAAAAGCAGGACACAGUGGAAACUCCGGUUGGCUUUGCCUGGGUACCUUUGCUGAAGGAUGGGAGACUCAUUACAUUUGAGCAGCAGCUGCCAGUGUCUGCCAAUCUUCCUCCGGGCUACUUGCAUCUGAAUGAUGCAGAAUCAAGAAGGCAAUCUAAUGUGGAUAUUAAGUGGGUAGAUGGUGCAAAGCCUUUGUUGAAGAUUAAAAGCCACUUAGAGUCUACAAUUUAUACUCAGGACCUCCAUGUGCACAAAUUCUUCCAUCAUUGCCAGCUGAUUCAGUCAGGCUCGAAAGAGGUUCCAGGGGAGCUCAUUAAAUAUUUAAAGUGUUUGCAUGCCAUGGAGAUCCAAGUCAUGAUACAGUUUCUACCUGUAAUUCUUAUGCAACUCUUCCGGGUUCUCACCAAUAUGACCCAUGAAGAUGAUGUUCCUAUCAACUGCACCAUGGUUCUCUUACAUAUCGUUUCGAAGUGCCAUGAAGAAGGCUUGGAUAACUACUUAAGAUCCUUCAUCAAGUAUAGCUUCCGACCUGAAAAACCGAGCGCUCCUCAGGCGCACCUGAUACAUGAGACCCUGGCUACCACCAUGAUCGCCAUAUUGAAACAGUCUGCCGACUUUUUAGCAAUAAACAAACUGCUGAAGUACUCAUGGUUUUUUUUUGAAAUUAUUGCAAAGUCUAUGGCCACAUACUUGUUGGAAGAGAACAAAAUUAAGCUUCCCAGAGGCCAGAGAUUUCCAGAGGCGUAUCAUCAUGUCCUACAUUCGUUGCUUCUUGCGAUAAUCCCCCACGUGACUAUCCGCUAUGCCGAGAUCCCUGAUGAGUCCCGAAAUGUCAAUUAUAGUUUGGCUAGCUUCCUGAAGCGCUGUCUGACACUAAUGGAUAGAGGAUUUGUUUUCAAUCUGAUAAAUGACUACAUAUCUGGAUUCAGCCCCAAAGAUCCCAAGGUCCUGGCUGAAUACAAGUUUGAAUUUCUGCAAACGAUUUGCAAUCACGAACAUUACAUUCCUCUGAACUUGCCAAUGGCAUUCGCGAAACCUAAACUCCAGCGCGUUCAAGAUUUUUUUUCAUUUGCGGUGGACCGUUUGACUUCAGUAGAUUCAAAUCUUGAAUACAGUUUAUCAGAUGAAUAUUGCAAGCAUCACUUCUUGGUUGGUUUGCUUCUGAGGGAAACCUCCAUUGCUCUUCAGGACAAUUAUGAGAUCAGAUACACGGCUAUCUCUGUCAUAAAGAAUCUUUUGAUAAAACAUGCAUUUGACACUAGAUACCAACACAAGAACCAGCAGGCCAAAAUAGCACAAUUGUACCUACCAUUUGUUGGACUGCUCUUGGAAAAUAUACAGCGGUUAGCGGGUCGAGAUACCUUGUAUUCUUGUGCAGCCUUGCCUAAUUCUGCAUCCCGGGAUGAGUUUGCCUGUGGCUUCACUUCACCUACAAGUAGAGGGAGUCUGAGCAGUGACAAAGACACUGCUUAUGGGGCUUUUCCAAAUGGACAUGGAAUCAAGAGGGAAGAUUCAAGAGGUUCCCUCCUCCCAGAAGGAGCAACGGGAUUUCCAGAUCAGGGCGGGACUGUUGAAAAUACCCGACAGGGUUCUACCAGGAGCAGUGUAUCCCAGUAUAACCGACUGGACCAGUAUGAAAUCAGAAGCCUCUUAAUGUGCUACCUGUAUAUAGUGAAAAUGAUUUCUGAAGAUACUCUCUUAACUUACUGGAAUAAAGUCUCUCCUCAGGAGCUCAUAAACAUUCUCAUCCUUCUCGAAGUAUGUUUGUUCCACUUCAGAUACGUGGGGAAAAGAAACAUAGCCAGGAUACAUGAUGCCUGGCUGUCCAAGCACUUUGGAAUAGACCGAAAAUCGCAAACCAUGCCAGCUCUUCGAAACAGAUCAGGAGUGAUGCAGGCCCGACUUCAGCAUCUUAGCAGCCUGGAAAGUUCAUUUACACUUAAUCACAGCUCCGCAACAACUGAAGCAGACAUUUUCCAUCAAGCACUUCUCGAAGGCAACACUGCUACUGAAGUUUCCCUAACGGUGCUGGAUACCAUCUCGUUUUUCACCCAGUGCUUCAAGAGUCAACUUUUAAAUAACGAUGGCCACAACCCACUAAUGAAAAAAGUAUUUGAUAUUCAUCUGGCAUUCCUUAAAAAUGGACAGUCUGAAGCAUCGCUAAAACAUGUUUUUGCCUCCCUGCGAGCCUUCAUCAGUAAGUUCCCUUCAGCCUUUUUCAAAGGAAGGGUGAACAUGUGUGCUGCGUUUUGCUAUGAGGUUUUAAAGUGCUGUACCUCGAAGAUUAGCUCAACCAGGAACGAAGCAUCUGCACUUUUGUACCUUCUGAUGAGAAACAACUUUGAGUAUACCAAAAGGAAAACCUUUUUGAGGACACAUCUGCAGAUCAUAAUCGCCGUGAGCCAGCUGAUAGCCGAUGUCGCGCUCAGCGGAGGGUCACGAUUUCAGGAGUCUCUAUUCAUUAUCAAUAAUUUUGCCAACAGUGACAGACCCAUGAAGGCAACUGCUUUUCCUGCAGAAGUCAAAGACUUGACCAAGAGAAUCCGUACCGUUCUUAUGGCCACUGCUCAAAUGAAGGAGCAUGAGAAAGAUCCAGAAAUGCUCAUUGAUCUCCAGUAUAGCUUAGCCAAGUCCUAUGCAAGCACCCCGGAGCUCAGGAAAACCUGGCUUGAUAGCAUGGCCAAGAUUCACAUAAAAAAUGGAGAUUUUUCAGAGGCAGCAAUGUGUUAUGUCCAUGUGGCUGCUUUGGUUGCAGAGUUUCUUCAUCGAAAAAAAUUAUUCCCUAAUGGAUGUUCAGCCUUCAAGAAAAUUACUCCCAAUAUAGAUGAAGAAGGAGCCAUGAAAGAAGAUGCUGGAAUGAUGGAUGUCCAUUAUAGUGAAGAAGUGUUGCUGGAAUUGCUAGAACAGUGUGUGGAUGGCUUAUGGAAAGCAGAACGUUACGAAGUAAUUUCUGAGAUUUCCAAGUUGAUCAUUCCAAUUUAUGAGAAACGUCGUGAAUUUGAGAAACUUACUCAAGUUUAUAGAACUCUUCAUGGAGCUUACACAAAAGUUCUAGAGGUUAUGCAUACAAAAAAGAGACUUUUAGGGACUUUCUUCAGGGUUGCCUUUUAUGGCCAAUCUUUCUUUGAAGAAGAAGAUGGGAAGGAGUACAUCUAUAAAGAACCUAAACUCACCGGCCUCUCGGAGAUUUCCCUGAGACUCGUGAAACUUUAUGGCGAAAAAUUUGGCACAGAGAAUGUUAAAAUAAUUCAGGAUUCUGACAAGGUAAACGCCAAAGAACUCGAUCCAAAAUAUGCUCAUAUCCAAGUCACUUACGUGAAGCCCUACUUCGAUGACAAAGAACUCACAGAAAGAAAGACCGAGUUUGAAAGAAACCAUAAUAUCAGCAGAUUUGUUUUUGAAGCUCCUUACACAUUGUCUGGCAAAAAGCAAGGUUGCAUAGAAGAACAGUGCAAACGCCGCACAAUCUUGACCACUUCCAACUCCUUCCCAUAUGUGAAGAAGAGGAUCCCUAUCAGCUAUGAACAGCAGAUCAAUUUAAAGCCCAUCGAUGUUGCUACUGAUGAAAUCAAAGAUAAAACGGCAGAGCUGAACAAACUUUGCUCCUCUGCUGACGUCGACAUGAUUCAGCUCCAGCUAAAGUUGCAAGGCUGUGUCUCGGUGCAGGUAAAUGCUGGUCCAUUAGCAUAUGCAAGGGCUUUCUUAAAUGAUAGUCAAGCUACCAAGUAUCCACCUAAGAAAGUAAAUGAGUUGAAAGACAUGUUUCGGAGAUUCAUACAGGCAUGCAGCAUUGCCCUUGAACUAAACGAGCGGCUAAUUAAAGAAGAUCAAAUUGAGUACCAUGAAGGGCUCAAGUCAAAUUUCAGAGACAUGGUGAAAGAGUUGUCUGACAUUACCCACGAGCAGAUAUUACAAGAAGACACGAUCCAUUCCCCCUGGAUGAGCAACACGUUCCAUGUAUUUUGUGCAAUUAGCGGUACAUCGAGCGACCGAGGUUAUGGUUCCCCAAGAUACACUGCUGAAAUCUGAGGACAUGUAGAUCCCAAGUGACAAUGAGACUGACCUUUCUCAGGAAAAAUCGGAGCUGUGCAAAUGUUAAAAAUGGAAAGAUUUGAUAGACAUGAAGUGUUUCUUCCUGACACCAAAAUUUUCAUGCUUUCAAACAGGGUGCUUACGUAUUUGUAAAUAGUUAAGCAACUUGAAAGUGCCUGGAAAAUUGCACCACUGUGCUUGGUUUGUACUUUUUUAGGUAAAUCUAUAUACGGAGAAGUAGAGCUCAAAACCAUUCAUUCAAUUUGCUUAAUUAUUGCUUAAGAUCAUAAUGGUACUGUGUAAAAUUGUAUAAUGGAACACAAUAAAAGGUUAAACUUA